AUGACAGACUCACCACCAACGGAGCCCCGAGCUCGCUCAAGAUCACCCGCUUCCAAGGACAAGGACGAUCGCAAAAGUCGCGAUGAUACAUACAGAGAGAAUGAUGAACGUCGUCAGCGCAGAGAUCGCAGCAGGUCGCGCGAUCGUAACAACAACCGCGACCGCAGAGAUUCGCCUCCACGCAGACCCCGAGAUCGAUCGCGAUCACCAGCGCGAAGACCCAGAGGAUCAGGCGGCUUCAAGUGGAAGGGAGAGCGUCGAGAUAAUGACAGAAACCGCGACUUCCGCAGGCGGUCGCCGCAGCGACAUCGGGAUCGCGAUAACGGCAGGGACCGGAACUAUCGCCGAGAUGACCGUGAUGGAGGACGGGAUAGGCAGCGAGAUGGCGAUCGGGAUCAGAGAAGGGAGAGGAAAGAAAAGAAGGAAGAGAAGCCCAAAGCUCCUGUGGCUCAGGCAGGUGAGGAGAUGAUCAUCGUCAACGUCAACGAUCGACUUGGUACAAAAGCUGCUGUACCCUGCUUGGAGUCUGAUACCGUGGGCCAGUUGAAGAUGAUGGUCGCCGCCCGAAUCGGUCGCGACCCUGGCCAGAUUAUCUUGAAGCGACAGAGUGAGAGACCAUUCAAAGAUCACAUUACCCUGGGAGAUUAUGGCAUCUCGAACGGCGUGCAACUGGAUCUGGAAAUUGAUACACGGGACUGA